GCUUGGCUUGCCGUUGUCCGUGGCUUCUACGGUGCCCAGCAUCACGCACGUGAUCUCGCUGACCACCUACGAGGUGCAGCAGCUUCCUCAGGGCGAACGUAAAGUACCAACGAAGGUUGUCGAGCAACGUGCCACAAACUUCCUGAUCCACGUGCUCAUCGGCUGUGCCUUGUUCAUGGCACCGAUUCUGAAGUUCAUUCCCCGAGCCGUCCUCCAGGGCGUUUUCUUCUACAUGGGCAUCGCCUCCCUGACGGGAAACAACCUCUUCGACCGCAUGAAGCUCUGGCUCAUCUGGGACUCCUCCAAGUAUCCGUCGUACCACUACAUCCAGAAGCUGCCCGUGAGCAGGGUCCACCUCUACACCUUCGUGCAGUUCAUCUGCCUGGCCAUCCUCUAUGGCCUUAAGGAGAUCAAGGAGACUGCCGUGGUGUUCCCCUUCUUCAUGGCAUCCCUGGCCAUCAUCCGCAAGGCCAUGCGCUGGAUGUUCACUGAGGAGGAGCUGAAGCAGCUGGACGGCCACCCCGCCGAGGACCCCGAUGAGGCAAGGUGUCGAGAAUGCGAAAUUCCCCCAGUUUGGAACAGCUUUGGAGCUCCGGUCCUCCGGGCCCAGGUGGAGGAGCCGGAGCCGGCGAAGCCCGACCUCUUGAACCUGGAGCCGACGAAGGCGCCUGAGACCUGCUAUCCUCUCUUGACCCGGCUUAGCAACUAG